CAAUUAAAUCAAAUUUCAUCUUUCAUUUUCAAUUUCAAUUUCCAAUUUGUUUCACAUUCACACACACGCACAUUAUCAUUGACAUAAUAUUAACCAGAAAAAUAAAAUAAUCAAAGGGUUACGUUACGUUUCUGGGUUUUGGAAUUUUCAUUCUUCAUUCAGAAAAUAACCCUAAUUCAAACCCAUCAAAAUCAACAUCAUCAAGUUGAAAACUUUUUCAUCUGGGAUCAAAAUAUUUGAGUUUCUAAUCAAAAGGGUAUCUUUAGAUUUUUGAAAUUUUGAUGGCAAAUCUGUAUGUGAAAGCUGUACCUCCAGCGGAUCUGAACAGGAACACGGAAUGGUUUACGUAUCCUGGUGUUUGGACUACCUAUAUUCUCAUCCUUUUCUUCACAUGGAUCCUUGUUCUAUCUGUGUUUGGUUGUUCUCCUGGAAUUGCUUGGACAAUUGUUAAUCUCGCUCAUUUUCUUGUAACGUAUCACUUUUUCCACUGGAAGAAAGGAACUCCGUUUGCAGAUGAUCAGGGGAUCUACAAUAGAUUGACAUGGUGGGAGCAGGUUGACAAUGGAAAGCAGCUCACUCGUAACAGGAAGUUUUUGACAGUUGUUCCUUUGGUUCUGUACUUGAUAGCCUCACACACAACUGACUAUGAGCAUCCAAUGCUGUUCUUCAACACGGUUGCCGUGAUUGUACUAGUUGUUGCAAAGUUCCCAAACAUGCACAAGGUCAGGAUAUUCGGAAUCAACGCUGAUAAGUGACAAACUGAAACCGUUUCUUUGUCGAUGAAACUUUGGUUGUUAGUAGCUCAUGAGCCUCUCUUCUUCCUUCUCUUGUUCUGGAAAAACAAGGUUGCAACCUUUGUAUAGAAAAGGCAGAACUAUUGAAGGAUACUCAAAAUCCAUGUUUUGUUGCCAACUGUUUUUAUUUUAUUUUAUUUUAUUUUAUUAAGCUUCUUCAUCAUCAUCUUCUAAGGUAUUAAACAAACAAAUAAAUAUGUUAAGUUAUUAUUUCUGUACAGUAGAGAAAAAUACAUGUACCAGAGAUUAUAACGGUGCUUUAAAAUUUAGUAGUAAGUACCUUUCUUUUAUCAAUGCCUUAGAAAACUUUAUACAAGAAUCAUCCUUUUCCUUAA